GAACCCGGAUGUAUCAUAAUUAAUAAGAUAAUAAUAAGUAGACCUACUCGGUGUACGCCUUAGCAUUAUUUGCGGUACUAGACCCGAUUAGCGUAUUUUUACUUACGCACUUAUUUUUAGUAAGGAUGAGCACGUGAUUAAUUUCCAAGUUCAACACCAACGUAUUUUUAAUUGCAUCAUGUGUUACUUUUGACUUGUGGCGAGAACAAAUCACGACCCGGAUAUAAUUUCUUAAAAAGGCGGAAACUAUUAAACAAUUGUAAACGACUCCGAGUUUCUAAGUUGUCUGCUCAAUUUAGUAGAUCGUCUGCAAAAAAAAAUAAUUAGCUGCCAUGUCCACCUAUCUGUAGCCAUGGCGAUUGGAAUACAGAGCUGCAUAUUCUUGAUAUUUUUAGUCAAUUCAUUGCAAAAAACUGAUGGCUCAUUUAUUAAAUCGUUCGUUACAUCAUCAAGCAUUCGUGUGGACGUAAGAGAUACUAAUACCACGUCAUUAGCAGAGAUUUCAUACAGUAAAGUUAACUCGUCAUCAUUGGUUCAUGUAGUGCGUUUUAUCGAAACGCAUACCAUGUACAAGAUCACGUGCCUAAAACCCGAUACCACAUACACACUUACCAUCACCACGCUUGUACAAAAUCGGAGCGAGGAUGAAACAAUUGCUUUAACAACCGACCACAAACGCGGUGGCGACGAUGACGAUCACCCAGUUUUCUUUUUCCUGACUAUUGGAAUAAGUGCGCUUUGUGGUGUAUUGCUUUUGGUUGUAUGUAUAAUGGUUUGUGCCCGAUGCUGCAGUUGCUGUUGUAGUUCAAAGACGGAACGUUCUAAUAAACAUGUUGAAAAUAAAUCGAGUAUCAUGCAAAGAAUGCGAAAAAGACGGGGCCAAGAGCAAUCAAUCGUCCAGGUGCCAUGUAAGGAUAUUUCUGACUACACCAACAGCAUCCCGGGAUGGAAGGCUUCAUGAGUUCAUUAUGCUCACUAGCAGCAUCUCGGGAUGGAAGGCUUUUUUUUUUUUUUUUUUUUUAGACACCAGCAGCUAGAUGUUGAGUUGUAUUUAGGCCUGAUGCUAUCCGUAUAAAACAAGAGCUUUGUAAGUGGCUGGUCGAGAUUCAGGCCCGGGAUUUAUCAAUCUCAGCUUAGUAAAUGUCUUAAGUCAAAAAAAUUAAGAUGGCCCUAAGCAAAUAUCUUAAGCUGAUUUAUCAAACCAUCUUAGCAAAAUCUUAGCUUAAAAAUGGUCUUAGAUGGCGCAUGCAAUACAAUUGACUUUUUAAUUUUAAGCAAUUUUUAAGCUAAGUAAUAUUAAUAAAUCUGACUUAAGCAAAAAAAUGGACUUAAGACGAAUUUACGUUGAUUUCUAUUUCCAUGUGGUAUUUUUUGUUUUUCAAAAUUGUACUUGUAUUCUGAUUAUAACACAAUAAAUUGUAAUUAAUGAUAGAAAAGUUAUAAUUUAUUUCUACAUGGGCCUACAUGUACAAAUUAUUUUAAUUAACAAACACAAUUACUGUAAAUACAUUGUUACGAUAUAUAUAUAAUGUGUAUUAAUUGAGUAGCUAUUCGUUUUGUCACACUUCUUAUUAGAUCUAAAUAUGUCAUUACUUUUUUUUAGAUCAAAAAUACAAUUGUAUAAAACAGCACAACUAAUCAGGCUUAGCCUUUUCAACAUAACUACCGUACUGUAUUAGAACUCAUUCUCCAUCGAAACAUACAUGUCUCCCUCUAAUUCUAAAGAACACCUCCUAAAGAGCACUUUUCUGUGAUCUCAAAUUAAAUAUUAACAAAUUUCUUUUAUCUUUAUUAUUAUAAUUAGAGACCAAACUUUCUAGAGACCAUGGAAACCUCGGUCCCAGAAGUAUUCUUUUCAAUUCAGAGACCUGCACUGCACAAUGAUAAUUAUAGAAAAGAUGACAAAAUAUAUGUUUGUCAUUGAUAUCUAUGGCGUCUGUAAAUUUAAAUCAUGGCUCUGACUAAAAAGUUGGAGCGCCCUCUUACAAUUAUUUUGUGUUAGUGUUCAGACUUCACUACGCUGAUAAUAUUUUAAAAGAAUACAUCUAAAGUUAAGUCUGUCCCCUGUAACCUCUUUUUAUAGAGUUUAUCCAAUUGCUCACAUUGAGCUACUGUAAAGUGAGUCUUCCAUUCUCCAACAAUCCCUGGAAAUAGAUUAAAAAAAAAAAAAAAAAAACAUUGCUAGUUGAGUAUUAGAGUAAAAUGGUCUUAUUUCAUUUCAUUUCAUUUAUUUCGCCUUUUUUAAAAAUCAUAACAAUGCAGUAAAAUAUUCAGAAAAUUCAAAAAGGUAAUCCAUGUUUCCUCCAAGAGCCGGCAGGAUUACCAAAAAGUAAAAUUAAUUACUGUCUGAGUGGCUCUCCAAUCAAUGGGGGAGUAAUUAUGUGGAGUAUCUGUGUGUUCAUGCCCACAUAAGGAGAGUACCCAAGUACGGCUCAUAUAAUCCUGUAACUGUUGUUCUUGUUUCAUUAAUUUUCCUUCUUUCUUGACUUAUAUGUGGAGGGGCACCAUGAUCGUUUUCGUUGAAACGGAUACCGGCGCUUUAUAAAUAAUACGGUAGGGCCUAAUAAUAAUUAUUAUUAUUAUUAUUAUUAUUAUUAUUAUUAUUAUUAUUAUUAGAGUAGGCGAUAUGUCUAAGUAACUUAUUUUACAUUCUAGGCUAUCAUGGCUACCGUUUAAUUGAAUCGAUAUUGGUUUAUAUGUGCUUAUAUUCUAUUGUUAUAUUAAAAGUGUAUAUUAAAAUUGUU